GUCACUUCCGGCGCGGCCCCGCGCGGGCCCGGGGGAGGCCGCUCCUGCCUGAUCCGGAUCUGCCAAACCCGGCCCGGCCAUGGCCACCUCGGAGUGGCUGCGCUUCUUCGAGGACGCCGGGAUCCCGCCGGGCCCCGCGCUGGGCUACGCCGUGGCCUUCGUGGACAACAGGAUCCACAAGGACAUGCUGCUGGAGCUGACCAAGGAGCUGAUGAAGGAUUUGGGGGUGACGGCCGUGGGCGACGUCAUCGCCAUCCUGCGCCACGCCCGCCUGGUGCACCGGCAGGAGAUGUGCCGCGCGGCCUCGGAGGCGCUGCGGGAUCAAGUGGAUCACCGGGAUCGGCGGGAUCGGCGGGACUGGGGUCACCAGGAUCACUGGGAUCAGGAGCAGCGGGAUCACCGGGAUCGGGAUCUCCAGGAUCAGCAGGAUCAGGAUCACCGGGAUCAGCGGGAUCCCCGGGAUCUCCGGGAUCAGCGGGAUCGGGAUCAGCGGGAUCCCGUCGGGGCGGCGGGCAGGAUGAUCGCCAACAGCCUGAGCCGGGAUCCCGCCCCACGGAACCCGCCCGGCGCCGGGAUCUGCGUCACCGUCCCCAACGGCGCCGGCGGCUCCGGCCCCACGGCGGCUCCAGCGGCUCCGCGGCAGCGUCGGGUGACGGCCGCGGCCCCGGGCCGGUACCGGAUCCCCCGGAUCCCCCGGAUCCCCCGGAUCUCCCGGAUCUCCCCGCCCCAGGCCGGCGCCGGCCGCCAGAUCCUGCGCCAGAUCCCACCUGCCGCCCCCGCCCCGGCCCGGCCGUCGGUGUUCGAGCGCCUCGGGGCCGAGGCCAAAGCGGCCACGGGGAAGCCCUCGGGGGUGUUCGGCCGCCUGGGCGCGGCCCCGGAGAGCUCCGGGGAUCCCUCGGGGGAUCCUCAGGGGGAUCCAUCAGGGGAUCAGGCGGAUCCCGAGGCGCUGCCCUACGCCGGAGUGCUGAAGCGGCGCCGGGAUGGAUCUGCAGCGAUGCAGGACGGGGCCGUGUCCAGCAGCUCCUGCGGCUCCUCCUGCGGCGGCAGCGCCUCCCGCAGCUCCUGCGGCUCCCGCAGCGUCUUCCGCAGGCUGGGCCGGCAGCCCCGCUGAGACACGAUCCCGGGAUCCACUGGGAUCCAACGGGGUCUGCAGGGAUCUGGCGGGUGAGCACAGCGGUGUCGGCGAGGGGG